ACAGUACCUGUUCAUUUAUUCAGAAUUUAUUAUAAGUUGAGGAAUCGUGCAGGCGGGAAUAUUAUAAUCGUUAACGGCAUCAAACGUAAUCUUGAUAACGUAUAAACGAUUAAGUUGUGAAAAUCAAAUCGAAUUUUCUAAUUAAUGUUUUUUUGACAGCUGAUCAUUCUUUUCAGCCUAAAGAAGAAAAAGGAAAAGAAAGUAAAACAAAAAUACAGGACGUACGUUAGAUAGAUUUAAUAUUUUUUCCUUGAGACAGAGAGUGAUCAUUCUGAAGUAAAUAUUAUGUUUUCUAAUAAGCUUGAAUACCAAACGGCAUUCUUUCACUGCGGGAGCUAAUUAAGGGAAAAGGUAGGGAAAGGUAAAAAAAGAGGGGAAGAUUUAGAUAGUUAAAGUCACAAAAUGAGUGUGUAUUCCAUGCUACAACAGGGAGACGGACAGUACAGUUCAUUUGAUAAGUUGGCUUAUCAUAACGCAUUACAAAACAGUAAAGGAAGUUUUUCUGUGAAUCAUUUAUUGGACUUAGGCGAGAUUCCGAGCGAGAACUGUGCAAUGUUUGCGAACACGGACCCAUCCCCUGGGCUGCCUACACAAACUUGCACCCCGGACUCGCCAAACGGCGGAAUUCAGACGGACGGACAUACACAAGCACUGGUCAACGAGAUAGAUCUCAUGGGUCAACAACAAAAGAUGCAACAGGAGCAGUGCCUGAAAGAGGAACCCCAAGAUUCGCACCAACAUGAUCCAAACUCUGGACCUGAAGACGACAAAGAUGACAAAGAUAGUAAACGCAGACGAAAACAGCGUAGGAAUAGGACUACUUUCAACAGUACACAAUUAGCGGCACUAGAACGAGUAUUUGAACGAACACAUUAUCCGGACGCAUUUGUGCGGGAGGAGUUGGCAAGGCGUGUAAAUUUAAGUGAAGCCCGGGUGCAGGUAUGGUUCCAGAACAGAAGAGCGAAAUUCCGUCGAAACGAAAGAAAUAUGUUAACACAGCGAGGCCCAAUGGGAAAUAUGUACGCGCGCCCUCCUGACGCAAUGCCAAUAGAACAACCAGUUACCCCACGAGGACCCCCAAUGAAUACAGACUAUAUGGGAUGGCCAAAUCCUACCUCGUAUAACAAUCUCAACGUGAACACUUCAAGUUGUGCCGUUAUGAACCACAGUUACAGUCCACCUCCUGGUAUGGGCAGCAUAGCGUCUCUUAGACUUAAAGCGCAAGAAUACAACGUCAUGCAAAACAAUCCAUAUGGGCAAAUGACACAGCGAUUAGAUCCUUACGAGCAUUAAUAUAAUUCCUGAUAUAAAUAUGAGAAAAUGAGAGUGAGUGAAAGACAACAGGCACCACGUUUUGUGUUAGAUAACAAAAUGCGUAAUUUUGGUGCUACCUAGUAAGCAAUUGAUGACGUAACAUUGAUGACGUAACAUUAAUGCUUCCUAAGCGUUGAUGACAUAAUAAUAUAUGCGUAGCAAACGCUAUCAGUGUAAAAGAGAUCGGGUGGACAAGAAUUAUUAAUAAGUAGCAAAUGUGUUGUUUUGGAUAACAUAAAUGUGAGGAAAAUGGCGAAAAGGGUAUUUGAGAGAAAUGACUAAAAAGUCUUUAAUGUGUAGAGUAUGUGAGAAUAUCUACAAUAGCAAAUCAGAUUUGCUGCUGCUAUGCAAAAUAUGAAACAUCGAAACAACCAUGUGGUUAUAUGUGCCUGAAAUGUGCUACGCAUAUGCAGAAGCGCAGCGUGUUAGCACAAUUAUUUUACUGAAAUUUAUAAUCAGCAUUUUCACGUGGUAGAAUUAUUAUGAAAUUUUGAUAGUUUGGUGCAGAAAGGAUUUAGGUCGGCUUUUCCUUCCCAAAGCUUUUAAAGUCUUCCUGCAGCAUACUGUCAAUAAAAUAAAUAACCACAAAAUGUGAUAUAUAUAUAAAACUGUGUUUUAUACCAUUUUGAUAAUUCGCCUUAUGUCUUAAACUGUUCUUACAUUAUCUAUAUGAAUUUAUUUAUUCAUAUAAUGUUAUCAUAAAUUUAUAUCUGAAGGUAGAAUCAUCUUGGAGUAAAGCCAUUAUUGCUUAGAUUUUAAGAGAUUAUUUUGGACGGUUCACAAAAUACGGGCGCAACGUGUUUUAGAAUGAUGUGUAAUGUAAAUGACUGAAGAAUAUACGGUUCAUUAAUAUAAUUUGGAGGAAUUUUUUUUUCAAAACAUUUUAUAUGCACCUUUUUUAUAAUGUUUAUAAUACCAUGUAUUAUUUUUAAAGAAAUAUAAAUGUAAAUUUUUAAAACGAGAAUGCACGCAAUUCUUUACCUUUUCUCUCUUCAUUUCAAAAAACUUUUUCCGCCAACAUUUUUUUUUAUUGAAGGGAUUCAAAAACAUAACACAUUUUUUUCCAUAUGAAAUACACCAUAUUCAUACCAUUUUACCUUAUUAAUAAAAGAAUAAUGUUUGUAAAAUGUCGAUAAAACGUAUGCGCAUGCGCAAAAUCAAAGAUUGAUUAGAUUAAUUAAUAUUUUGUUAUAAUGCAUGUAAU